AUGUUUUCGACUGUCGUCGUGGCCCUCGCAAUCGCGGGCCAUGCUGAGUCAGCCAUAGACCAUUUGCAGCUGCUGCAGCAGAAGAUGGUCCUAGCUCCGGAGAAGCAAUGGAAGCGCAUGCGCGCUGCUGAACCGCUGAAUUGGAUCCACUUCCCGAAAUGCGGCAGCUCGUUGGUCAACGUGAUCAUCCACAUGCCUGGCUUUUGCCCAGUCCUGGACAACAUCACGAUGAGCGCCGAGAUCCGAGGCCCCUGUUUUCUGAACACUUGGUUGCCACAAGCUUGUCAGCAGCAGUGCAACACGGACUACUUCUUCUGUGGUAGGCCGCACCAUCCGGUUGGCAAUUACUCCAGGCAGAGAGGCCAUUUGGUCGGUAUGUUCCGAGAUCCCGACCAGCGAAUCCUCUCGGGCUACCAUGACAAGCUGCCUUUCGCGGGCCCCAGUAACAAUUCAGACUACAUAAAAACCAUUGUUGAAGGGGUCUGUGAUCUCGAGGAACUCGCAAGAGCCAUGUCUUUGCCGAAAAGGCCCAUUCUUGAAUUUGCUGAGUCGUGGAAAGGUGGUAUGACGUAUCAGCUGCUGGCACCUUCAGAUGAACAGCCGACGGACCCAAACCGAAGAAAGAUGACGCGGGAAGAUGCAGCGGAGGCAGCCCGAAGAGUGACGGAAGGCUUUGCCUUUGUGGGCAUCACAGAAGAGUGGGACUUGUCAAUGUGCCUUUUUCACAAGACCUUCGGGGGACCUUGUCGGGCCUCAGACUUCGAGAACACGAGGCCAACCUUUUCAGGGAAGUCUGCGCAGACGUACUACGACACGUCCGAGCUCAUGGGCUGGCAUGACGACAUCGAUGAAGUCGUCUACACAGCGGCCCUAAAGGUCUUCCACAAGAACCUGUUCUCCCUUAAUGUGUCUCAUGACACCUGCCAGGAGUGCUACAGAAGCACGAUCCACAUCGCCCACCCACGUGACGCAGCCUUGGCGGCUCUGACCAUCAUUCCUUUGAGCCUGCGUUCUUAUUAUUACUUUGGCGGGAACGGCUUCCUCCCAAACAUAAGUGUCGACCAUGCUGAUGUCGAGAACCAUGCGGCUUCGCAUCAAGGUUUCAAGUCCUGGUUGAAUUUCCGCAGGGACUUCGUCACCGGCAACUGGUCCUUUGAGCAGUUCUGCAACAGGCUUCAGGAAAGGAUGCUGGAUCCACCUCCAUGUUCAUGCUCUUGCGCUCCUGCUGUGAGUACGAGACUUGGCUGGGGGAUGGCUCGGUCGACAGGGCGAAGCUCACUCUUGCUACGCAGUUCGACCUGGUCGGCAUCACCGGAAGGCUUGAUGAAGGCUAGGCGCCCAGAUGCUCGAUCCUAUCUCGAUCCUUUAUCAGCAGGUUGCAAUUCUACAAGCACCUGA